AUGUUCUUUGGUAUCAUACGUUUUGGAGCAUUGGACCAAUUCGCAUCACCUACAGCGGAGAGCGUAGUAUGUGGCAGUAGCUCGUCUUCUACCACGUCGUCGUCAUCGUCGUCAUCGUCUUCAUCAUCAUCUUCAUCGUCGGAUUCGGAUACUGCGGAUGCCGCUGGCAGUUCCACCCAUAACCAGCCCGAUGAUUCAAACGUCGCCCUGGCAGCUGCUUGUCAAUUACAGGUUAUCGACGAUGCGGACCUCGCGGAACUAUUUCCAGAACAAUCAUCUAGCGCGCCGGUGCAGCAGCCCAAUUUCUCGUCGUUUUCCGUGCACAACACGCCGCCAGAUAACGACGAUAAAUCAAUCGCUGAUAAUGGAGACGGGUCCAGCAGCGAGAUGGAACUUACGCCUCAACUAGUGACUGCUGCAAUACAAAGAGCAACGGCGGACUCUUCUGGAUCUGAGAACGAGUGUUCGAAUUCUGACACUGUUCAUCAAAAUACAUCCCACUAUGCCUCAAGUUUGUUGCAACAAUUCGUGGCACAAACUCAGCUUUUAAGCAGCUCUGCUCCACUUACAAACAUCAAUACAUCAACAUCGCUGUCUUGUGGAUUAAAUGGAAAUCAAAUAGACGGUGUCAAUACUAUAAGUGAUUGUGUGCUUGGGCAGAUAAAUAAUCUAUCUGAGAUAGCACCAAUUACUUCGAAUUUCUUGAAUAAUGGUAAUCAACAUUUAAGCCCUCAGCAGACUGAAGAGCUGUCUCAAAUAAAUAAAGAUCUUGAAGAAAUAACUUCUGUCACAUCAUCUGUAGAUUUAUCCAUACCCAACCCACCGAGUUUGGAAGACUGUGUUGAUAACAAUGAUUUUAUGAAUUUAGAUAUUACAGCUGGAAGUUCGGAAUUAGGUAGCGCAAGCGAUCUCUUGAAGAGUUCGCCAAUAACUGUAGUUAAUCAUGUAAUAGCUUCAUCAAAUCAAAUUGACACUCAAAAGCUGGAUUCAAUCAGUACGAAUUCGGUUGAAUCUCAAGAAGACUCGAAAAUUAACGUAGUUGAAUCUAGAAGGAAAAGAGGUCGGCCAAGGAAGGUGAAGAAAAUUGAAGAGUUGUCUAAAAAAGAAAAAGAAUCUCACAAAGACGACAAACCAGUUGUUAAUGUAAUUAACGACUUUCAUAAUAGUAAUGAUCCACCAAAUGUAUCACCUGAUUCUGGAAUUCUUUCUAACCACAAUUCGCCAACACAUUCUCCUCUUCGAAGGCAUGACGUUGACGAAGGCAAUAGUAGACAUAGUAGAAAAUCGGUACAAAAGGAGAAUAACACAGCUGAAAGAAAAAGUGCGAGGUCAAAAUCAAAAACAAGAAGUCAACAUAAUAGAUCCGAUUCCAGUGACUGUGACUAUAGAAAGAAGAAAAUUGAGAAUGAAAUCAAACAAAUUAAAACAGAAGCACCGUCUCCGGUACCGCUCAAACAGGAACAGAAUAAAUUUGAUAAAACAAAGAAAAACGACCGUAAAUUGGAUAUAGCUGCUUUAGAUAGAAUGUUAUACGCCACGGACAGAGUUUUGUAUCCGCCUCGCAAAAAACCUGGCAGGAAGCCGCAAGCAAAAUCAAAACCAACAAAAACUACUUCUAAAACUUUAAAAGAUAAAAAUCAGUACCAUUCUGGCGAAAGCGAUAAUGAUUCUGUAUCACCUAAUAGAUCAGUGUUAUCUGGAGUUUAUGCGAAGAGAAAAGAGCUUAACAGCAAACUUGCAAGUUUACCCAAGAAAAGUAGUAAAACAAUAAACAGUUCUUGGCGGGAUAAUCAAAGCGAAAAUGAAGCAGCCGCAGACGAUAUGCUUGAUCCCACAUGGAAAGAAAUCGAUCUCAACCCAAAGUACAAGGACAUUCUGUCUGGAUACAAAAGUGAUUAUGAAUUUAAACCUUAUAAAAGUUGCAGCAGACUUAUUGAAUCUGGUUACAAGAGUGAUUAUGGUUGUAGAUCAGGCUACAAAAGCGAUUGCUAUAGAUCGGGCUAUAAAACUGAUUAUAAAUCAGGGUACAAAACAGAUAAAUCAGGUUAUAAGACGGAUUACAGUGUUAGAAGUAUGCGAAGACGUAUGAAAAAAUUAAAGAAGACACGAUCGGUUCGAAAUAGAUCGUAUUACAAAAAUCAGAAACAUUUUGUGUCUGAUCAGGAAAUUUUAUUGUUGACAAAUAAAACAUUUAGUAGUCUUACUCUUGGACAUAGUUCUAGUGAUUCAGAAUGUGACACAUAUUUAAGAAAGUCUAAUGCUAGUCCUAAAUACAUCAGUGUUUGUACCAAAUAUCCGCUGCCGUCAAAAUAUGACUAUAGUUUCAAGAAAAUGAAUCAAAAGCAAGUCUUAAGGUUAAAUUCUUCUGAUCCAUUCGCACCUGGUCCGGUAUUCAGCGGUCUUCAAAGACCUGUUACGACUUACAAUAUUUUCAAAGUUAGUCAUAAUAAUAAUAACACACUGUUGAAGUCUCCAUCGCAAACUAAACACAUUGGUGGUAAAUUACCAUCCCUCAAACCAGUUUUUACGCAUAAAUUUGGAAUAUCACCCUUGACGUCGACUAAAACAACAUCUUCACAGAAAGAUAACGAUAGCAUAAAACAGUCUGGUAGGAAUCUUUCGCCUAAAAAUCGUAAACAGAAAUCCGGAUCGCCUAACACGAAAAAAGAAACAGUGAAACCUUUACCGAGUAUAUUUGAGAAGGCGAAAAAUAGUUACAUUCCAAAUAAAUCUUUAUCGAGGAAUGUAUUUUUAAAUUUUAAAAAGACUCAAAUUAAGCCUUCCUUUAAUAUCAAGAAGCAGAGACGAACUGUUGUCCUUGCUCCGCCUAAGAUAAAUUUAAAGCCUACAGAACGUCCUUCCCGACUUACAAUAAAAACUGAAAAUAAGCACCAUAGGCAUAGAAGUAAAAGGCGGCACAGAUCCCGGUCAGUUUCAAGAGUUAGAGAUUCCUUUUCAAAUCGCAAUGUUGCUGAAACUAUUGAUCAAAAAUUUAAUCAAGACAUGGAUAGUCUUAUUACAAACUUUAUAAAACUUUGUCAUGUGGCUCCAAAAUUAAUAGCCAAUGUAACAUCAAAUCAACCUAAAAAUGGAGAAAAGGAAAAAUCUGCGUUAGAUACAACAACGACUAAAAUAGUAAAACGUACCUCGAAGAAACGUAAAACAUCAGAUAACUUAGAAAUCGCUACACCCACAUCUAAGCGAAGACAUAAAAAACAAUUAACUGAAUCACAGAAUAAGGGAGGAAAAGAUACAAAUGAACAUAAAUUACCCCUUAAAAAGAGACAUUACCACAUUAAUUCUUCUACUAGUAACUCUCUAAGUUUGAGUUUAGUUACCACAGAAUUCGAUGAAAAUUCUAAAAAUGGUUCUGGUUCUGAAAAAUUCUUGUGUACAGAAACUGACUGUCUUGUUGAUUUGCAAACUUCUGAGGGAUCUCCCAAGUCUAAAGUUGUUUCUGAUAAAAGUAAAAAACCCAAUGAAUCUAUAAAAAAUGCAGCCUUAUUAUCCGGUGAAAAUAAAAAUCAAACAAAUGAAUCAACUAAGACACAAAAGUCGGAUGAUGUUUCUGAAAUAUUAUCUUUGAAGGAGGACGACAUUAUUUUAUCAAACAUCAAUAACGAUAAAAACAUUAAUUUAAGUGGAGUAGUAGACGAUGAAUUAUCAAUCAAAAAGCCUUCUGCUGAACAGUCCGAUUUAUCGAAGAAAAUUUAUGAGACAUCUGAGAAAUUAAAGGCGGUGCAUAAAAUGGUUCAUGACUUAGAAAAAAGUUUACCUAAACCAAAAGAUGUUGAUGUAAAGACCGAACCAUCAAAGCCAGACAAUAAUCGAGUGUCAUCUCCUAGAUCUGAAACAAAAUUGUCACCCGUGAGAAAUCCUAUAGUGACACCCAAAAAGCGACAUAGAUUAGAAGCGGAGAAAGCGGUAUCACAUUCAAGUUUGGAUCAAGUAGUACAAUCUUUAUCAAAGAAACUAUCGGAAGAAAAACCUAGUGUUAACAGCGAGGCAAUAGAUAUUAAUCAAAAUACUUCCAAAGACGACCUUAAAGACAAUGAAAAGUUGAAUAGUGAAUCACCAGAAGCUUCUACAGCUUCAAACUCUGUUGUUGAUCCCCUGAAAAGCAUGUCAGCACGUUCACUUUAUAAAAGCUCUAUACCCCCCGCACAGAAAUCGGAAAUCAUGACUCGAAAGAAAAAUAGGCUUGAAGGAUUAACUAGUAAUUUAGUAUCAAAAAUUAAUCCAAGCGCAGCCACGAAAGUUUUAGAUACACUUUUGAAUAAUAAUAUACGGAAAUCGAUAGAAUCGCGAAUUUUAGAAAAGGAAAAAAGUAGUUCAGAUGGACACAAAACAGACGACAAGAAUAAAAGCAGGGAAUCUUUGAGUAAUCAAAUUAAUACUCGCGCUAGUGUCAUCAAGUCACCGGUGUCCAAGGGUAAAGUAUUGGAAUCGAAAAGAGUGAAAGCAUCUGACAUUUUACCAGACCCUCCCGUAGUGGUUAAUGUUGAUAAUCCUACAGGAAUUUUUGAACCAUCUAUUGAUUUAGAAGAUCAAAUUCCUAAAUCAUCAAUAUGUAUAAGUAAUAUAUUAGCAGACUCUAAUAAAACCAAAAAAUUAAAAAAUCUCGAUACAAAGAGCUCAUUAUUGGCUUCAAUGGACACAGAAUCUGAAAUACCGUUAGCUUUAAUCACUGAAACUCCAGAACCGAUCAUAAGGCCUAAAAGAGGAGAAUCGAUAGCUGCUGUAAUUUCUGAUAAAAUUCAAGAGACUACCGGAGGUCAUAAUUUACGACAACAUAAAAGAAAUCUAACAAGUGAUAGUGAUGACACAAAUGAAAAGAAAAAGAAGAAAACAUCUAACAAUCUCAUCCGUGAGAGUAAGUUAGUUUUACCAUCUAAAGUUUUAAUUCCAAAGAUUCAGGCGGAGCGAUUGCCGGUGGGUGAUUUCAUAAAAAAGACUAGUUUACAAGUUAAGAAGCCUGACUUGAUUUCUGUCGAAUCUAAUGAUCAGAUGAAAUCAGUUGAUAAUAUCAAGAAGAAAACCAGAAGGCGCAAAGCUUUUAAUAGAACAGGAUUUCCCAACAUUAAAAGAAAAAAGAAAAAGACCGAAACUAACAAUGCAAAUAAUUCUUACGAUCAAAUGGCUUCUGAAGAUACUGAUAAUUCUGCAUUUGAAAGAGUUCCAAAAGAUGGUGAGGCUAUGAUUAACUUUUUAGAACGAACAGGUACUAAACAACCUGAGCUAAAAGUAGUGUUAAAUAAAGAUGAGUGUCCGAAACAAGGUCGUUUAACAGUUGUUGCUCUAGAAAAACUACAAGGUAAAGAAAUAUUAAGUGAUAACAACAACAAAAAACAUGGGGAGAAGGUCAUACAAGAAAAGAAAACCACCUCAUCAAUAUUAAGAGCUCCUGCUUUGCAAUUAAAACAAAACAAGACUGAUAAAGAAGUAAAAAACCACAUUAAUAAAUGGGAAGUAUUAAGUGAGACUGAUAGUAUCCCAUCAAUGACUAGUUCGCUCGGUAAUGAUCCAGAAGACAGUAUACCAUUAAGCUUAUUGAAUAUCAACCAGAGCAAAUCGGCAAGCAGAUUUGAAACAUUAGACCGACUAAAAAGAAAGAGUAGAGCGAUGUCGCCAUCGAAUGAAAUUGAAGAAAUAUUUUCAAAACGCAAAGUAGUAGAGAAAAGCACCAAGGUCGGCUUAAGGCCUAAAUCAAGUUUAGCUGUUUUGUAUCCAAGUGAACGCAGACUCACUCGAAGUUUUGAUACUGUCAAUGAUGAUGGUAAAAUAAAAACUAGAAAAUCGGAACAUAAAAAAUUAACAGAAAAUUCAGAAAAAGAAAUAGUACUAAAACCUAUGAGCAUUGUUACUAGGCGAAAAUCGAGAUCAUGUCAACUUAAUAAGAAGCCGCGCAAUGAAGUAUAUUCUAGUUCUAGAGAGAGCUCCAUAGAUACAGUAGUAAGUCGGAAAUUAUCAUCUAAAUCUCGGGAACCGUCUGUUGAUACUCUUCUUGACCAUGAUGAGAAUGAGCCCCUGCCUCUAAAUGAGAAGGAAAUUGACUUUGAAAAGAGUAUAGACGUACUCUCGAAGAGUAUUAUUUGCAAAAAAAGAAUAGCGGCAUCGCGCGAUCAAAGUCCGUCUAAUAGCAUUGACAAUAGAGACAAAGUUGUUGUAUCUAAAAAAAAUCCAAGGCUAAGAAAGAAAUUCUUAUUAGCUGGAUUAUUUUCGGACUAUUAUAAGGAAGAUCCCAAGCCCGAAGGAAAGGGGAAAAAUCUCGUCACUCAAACAGAAUUUCCACCUGGGUUAUUAGGCCCUCCUCCGUAUUGUGAACGUUGGGUGAGAAAGCGACUUAUCCAUUUCACCUUACCAUAUGACAUCUGGUGGGAGCAACAUUACAAUCAACCUGUGCCAUCGUGGAAUUAUAAGAAAAUACGCACCAAUGUUUACUACGACGUCAAGCCGUCUGCUGAAGAAUGUGAAAGCGUGGCGUGCAAUUGUGCUCCAGCCUCUGGCUGUAAUGAGGACUGCAUCAAUAGGCUUGUAUUUUCUGAGUGCUCACCUCAGUUGUGUCCCUGCGGGGAUAAGUGCAAAAAUCAAAGAAUCCAACGCCAUGAAUGGGCUUCUGGUCUAGAGAAAUUCAUGACCGAAAAUAAAGGCUGGGGUGUACGUACGAAACAUAAAAUUACAUCAGGCGAUUUUAUUCUAGAAUAUGUUGGCGAGGUUGUUUCUGAUAAGGAGUUUAAGGAGCGCAUGGCGACGCGGUACGCGCGCGACACGCACCACUACUGCCUGCACCUGGACGGCGGGCUCGUCAUCGACGGGCACCGCAUGGGCGGCGACGGCCGCUUCGUCAACCACUCGUGCCGGCCCAACUGCGAGAUGCAGAAGUGGACUUCCAAUGGAACAUUCAGGAUGGCAUUAUUUGCACUACGCGAUAUAGAUUCGGGUGAAGAGCUGACCUACGAUUACAACUUUUCACUAUUUAAUCCAGCCGUGGGACAGCCUUGCAAAUGCGAUUCUGAAGACUGCCGCGGUGUUAUUGGCGGGAAAUAUCAACGUAUUACGAAGCAACCUUUAAAAACACAGUCUAGGACACCAUCAAAUGCUUCUAAUCAAUCAAACAGUUCGAACGGCAACCAACCUCGCGUGGGAAGACCGCGUAAAGCAGUUAAAUGCAAUAAGAAAUCUGAGCAACAAAGCGUUUCAGCGUGUGAUAUCAAAAACAUGACAAUACUCAAAUAUCAACAGCAUUUGAAUAAGCUGUGGCAGGAACCACAGUUGAAACCGCUGACAGCCAGGGAAAGGAAUCUCGUUAAAGAGAGACAUUGUUUUCUAUUUAGGAAUUUGGAGAAUGUACGUCGCAUACGUGAGCGAAUGACAAUUCAAAUACCGCCGUCACCCCCUGCCCCCGCGCCUGCUCCCGUUCAAAACGCCCCCACCGUAUCUAUCGUAACGAGUCUUCAACCCACAGUUUCCGAUACUAUAAACGUAGACCCGCUCACCCUCCCCGACACCAUGAACCCACAAGUAUUCCUCAAAAAGCUACAAACGCUGCGCGCUUCUAAAGAAGAAAUUCUUAAGCUGUCCAAAUUGGAAGAUGACCCGUCGUUGGAGAUGAAACAACGCUUGACGCGAGUGUUUAAAGCUCUUUACAAUAUAAUAACAUCUUUUAAAGGUGAUGAAGAAAAGCCCAUAUGUUCACCGCUUUUAAAAAUUAAAAAUCAAAAAUCCGACACAACCCCAAUAACGGAUCUAAAUGUGAUUCUAAGUAAAAUUGAGAACAACGAAUACGAGAGUGUAGUUCAGUUCGACAGCGAUAUGAGUGGUUUGUUCUCUGCGCUUAUGCGGGAACACAGUAAAAUGACCGCCAUUGGUGCUGCGGCCGCGCAGUUGAAGAAGGUAUACAAUUCUGCUAAGUUGGAGUUUGCUGAGCAACUUACAAAAAUACUUGGUUCACAAGACAGUUUACCAUCUGGAUUUAUUCAAAAAUCAAAACCUGAGGAAGUAAUUCUAUGCAUAUGCGGCCUCCACGUAGAAGAAGGGCUGAUGGUGCAGUGCGGUAACGCGCGGUGUGGAGUGUGGCAGCACGCGCGCUGCAUGCGGCUCGCCGACACGUCCUCCACGCACUACUGCCACCUGUGCUCUACCGACCCGGUUGAUCGUGAGAUCCCACUCGACGAAUACACGGAAGAGGGUCACCAGUUCUAUCUGUCGUUGAUGCGUGACGGUCUACAAGUGCGACAAGGCGACACUGUAUACGUGCUUAGAGAUAUCCCCAUUGACGAAAAACACCCGGACGUCAGCCAGAAGGAUGGUGAUAAGACCGAUUCGCCGAAGACUAAGCGCGUCGAUAGGAAGAAGUUGAAGAAUAUCAAGGGUAAAGAGAAAGAAGAUGUUAUUCAGAAUAAGGAUGGUUCAGUCCGCAAGCACACAUACCAAACAAUCGGUUGUGUGCCAGUGUCCGAAUUGGAUAUAUUCCGAGUGGAGCGACUGUGGAAGCACAAGGACACGCGCGAGCGCUACGUAUACGGCCAUCAUUAUUUGCGCCCGCACGAGACCUUCCAUGAACCGACAAGGAAAUUUUUCCACAACGAGGUCAUGCGUGUACCACUAUACGAGGCGGUGCCCAUAGAACUAGUAAUGUCUCAAUGCUGGGUUAUGGAUUUGAACACUUAUUGCAAGGGCCGCCCGGUGGGUGCGCACGAGUCGCACGUGUACAUCUGCGAGCUGCGCGUGGACCGCACCGCGCAUCUCUUCACCAAGAUCUCGCGACCCAAAUACCCAAUAUGUACUAAGCCCUAUGCGUUUGAUCACUUCCCGCAGCGACUGAAGGUGUCACGCACGUACGCUCCUCACGAAGUUCUGCCAGAAUAUCUGAAAGGUCGCGCUGGCAAGAAUUUUAUGACAUCAGAGAAACCUAAGGCGUCACAAGAACCGAAGAAAAAGCCUGUCGCUAAUGCCGUGGCCACUGUUGCAAAGAACGUAUCGCCGUCGCAGCGACGCGAGCGGCAGAAGGAGCGCGUGAACGAGAUCGCGCGGCGGCUGCUGAGCGCGGGCGGCGGCGCGGGCCGCGCGCUCGACGCGUCCUACCUGCUCGCGCCGCGCGCCGCCCGCCGCCGCCACCGCGUCUCCUGACCGCCGCGCGCCGCCUGCCCGUGCUGCCCCGCCGCCCGCUGACCCCGCUGACCCCGCUGACCCCCGCCGUCAGCGGCACGCGGCUGUUGUGUCGCUACAAAACCACUGGAUGAUCCCUCAUGGAGACUUACGGAAGGUGGGGAGACUGGGCUAUCGGCCUCACGCGUCCGCUGUUCCUUCUUCAACAAGACAGCGAGACGAAUCGAUGGCGGCGGACGAGGCCCCGGCGGCCACUGCGCGCUCACUAACUAGGUGAUGAAUAUCCGAGAGGAGCGUGAGGUCUGCUGCACGUUGCUAUUUGCAUCUGUGUUGAGAGCAGACUAUCAUCUCAGUCAAUAUUUAUGUAAAUAUUGGUUGCCACAUAAUUCAUGCUUAUAUCUAUGCAUCCUCUAUAUUUAUUAAUUUAUUUAAGGAAAUCUUACGUACAAACAGCGCAUGCUCUAGUUUGUCUAUGCGGUCUCUGUAAUGAACAAUAACAUAUAAACUCAAAAAAUAAAUAACUUGAAAUUUGCUGUAUUUAAUUACUUAUAAAUGCUAAGUUCUCUAGUACUAUAAUGUUAACUUGGCUUACGACGAACUUAAAAAAAAAAACUAGUAAUUUCCCAAUCCAACCAAAAUCAUUUGGAAAAAAAUGAACGGCUUGCUAGUAAUAGUUGUGAAUUGUGAAUAUGUAGAUAUUUUGGCAAAACGAAGGAGCAUAGGGACACGAAUAAUAUUUUAAGAUGAGUCAUUCUGAAUUGUACAUAAUAUAUUCACGUAUUUUGAAACAUGAAAUCAUUGCAUAAUCAAUUAGACUUGAUGUCAUUACACACUGCGCGUGUGUAUAAGUAAAUGUUACAUGUAAAUUGUUGUUGUAUUAUGUAUUUGUAUCGAUAAUAUCAAACGUGUACAAAAAUAACGUAUGCAAGUACAUUCCUUAAUGGUUGAUGUUCUGUGACAAUAAAAGGAAUGGGCGUGUCGAAUCGGAGAAGAAGCUUACAUCGUGUAAUGGAAUCUCUUGUAUCUUUUGUAUAUAAAUUUAUCGCGAUAUUUUCAAGUAAAAAUAAUAUUUUUGUAACGUAAAAAUGUUAUCAACUAAUUAAGUGUUUCAUCUGACUAUCAAGAUAACGUGCUAAUUUAUUUUAUAAGUAAUUUAUUUUUAGUUUUAAGUUCUAAGGUUCAUCGUUAUUUUAGUCUACUUGAAUGUAGUUAGAGUUAUAAUCUCAUACUCAGUUACAUUAUUUUGUGUGCUUAUUCAAUUUUUUAUCACGACGAAAAUAUACCCAUAUAUAUAAAUUAGUUAUAUAUUAUAUUUUUAUAGGCUAAUAUUGUUAUAAUUUAACGAUGGAUAUAUAGAAUUACUAUUAAACGACCAGUGGUGCGAACUGAUGUUGAGUGUUGAAAAGUUUUAUAGAGGUUAGAUAAAAAGUUGUUUGGCGGUUGUUAUAGUAAUAUUAGUAUUAAUUUCUUUUUUAAUAUUCUUCAUAUAAGUUUUUCUUAAGAAGAAUAAUAAUGAAUUAAAACAUUCGAUUUUUUUCUGGUCAUUUUAAACGUCUACGAUUUGUAGAAGAGCUGUUAUACAAUCAUGCUUUUAUUAAAAAUCUCUCUAUUUUUUUAAGUCUAGUUUUAAGUUGUAUAUAUUUUAGUGUUAAGGUGGUUGGUUGUUUUUUUAAAAUGAAUAAUAUAUUUGGUUAACGAUGACCCUCGUGCACACUGCAGGCGCUUACGAGCCUACGCUUAUGUGAUUGUUCUUGAACAAAUUGUUUUUGUUUCUAAUUUAUUUGUAAAAUACUGUUAGCUUUUGAAUACACCAUUGGCUCUAAUUAAUUUGAUCUAUAUGUGAGUUCUUUAAUCACAGCUUUUUUUACACUUUGCUUUUAUAUACAUAUAUAAUGUAAUAAAAUGAUCCCAAAAUUAGUCCUAUUCGGGACUCCAAUAUAUUUGAAUGUAUUUCUAUAAUAAUUAUACGAUUGUUUUAAAGUUUAAAAUAAAAAUCCUUAAGAAGAUUCGUAGAUAUUGUUGAAAGUAUAGUGGGAGAUGUACGAAUGUAAUUUAUUUAUUUCGCCACUUCCUCAUGCAUGAUUACUAUUGACGUUUUAAUGGCACAUGAAUAGUUUUCGAGUUAAUUUUUAAGAAGUAUUGUAAACCGUCUCUUAGUUCUCAAUGCUAUAACAUUAUUUGCAAAUAUGUACACAAGUUAUCGUUUGACCUUGAGGGUUUCGAUUAACUGCAUAUUUGUAUAGUAGAAUACUUAAUUUAUAUAAAAUCAGGAAGUGGUGAAUUCAUAACAUAAAUUGAAAGUUCAAAAAGGUUUUUCUCUUUAGCACAAACAAGCACUUUACAUUGCCUUGUAGUUAGAUAAGUAUACACAGACACGUUACAUAUUAAUGUUACACACAUGUACUUAAUUACAUAGUAGAUUUCAAUAGUCAAUAAUAUAAGAGAUAGCGUAGAUGACAACUGUUUUUCCAGUAUUGCAAAUUUAUGUAAGGUAGGAAAGAAAACAUUUUGGGAUCAAAAUUAUACACAAUAUCAUUCGGAAAUCAAAAUUGACUGGCUUGUUCAUUUGAAUCAAUAAGACGAAAUAAUAAAGUGCUCCAUUUAAACUUGAACAGGCUUUAUAAAAUACUGUGACUUUCAAUAUUGGUUAUUUAUUCAUGGUUUAAUAAGGAAAACACGUUAAACUUACUGAUUCAAAUGAGAAAUCAAAUAAAUGCAUAUUUAUAUUGAAUUCAUUAUAUUGAGCAGCUUUACUAUUUUCUAAGUAAGAUUUUGUUUUAAGAUGCCAUUUGUUGUAACUCAUGUUUUAAUAUUAAAUU